CAACCCAAAUAACUGUCAGUGUACCAAUUAUAAAAUAAACAAAUGUGUUAAGAUAAACGUUAUAAUGUUGUAAAAGCCUUGUGAAAUCCUCACUACAAACACCCCCUUUUAACACCAGGAAGAUAGCAAAACCACCAUUUGAUGGCAUCAGCAAGAAAUAAAGAUGAGGACACAGAAGAGAGAGACAUUUAGAUGACUUACAAAAGUCACAGCCCUAAGCAACAAAGACGCUCAAAUUAUGUAUAAGUACAUACUGUUGGAGACUGAAGAAGACUCCUUUGAACGUUUACCUCUGGAAGAUGGAUUGUGAAGAUGCAUCAAAUAAAGAGGCGGGAGUGAGCUGCUUUGUGGUGUGGAACGGGAGCCCUUCUGUGAAACAUGAAAGCUCUGGCUGAUUUUCUAUUCAGCUCUGGUAAUCCUGUUGAAGAGGACAUGGUGUCCUUGAUGUCAAACUUUGGACUAGGAAAAUGGAGAGCCUAGAUCUGUUGAGGAAUUGUUUGGUGUGCAAAUGGGAACUAAAGAGGAGAGACCCCAGACUGCUGCCUUGUCUUCACUCCUUUUGUAAGGACUGUCUUCCAGAUUUGAUUCAAGGAUACAAUUACACUCCCACUGAGCGUGAAGUUAUGUAUGAAGGUAUCCUCUCAUGCCCUGUGUGCAAACAGACGUGCUUCGCUGGGGAUGUAGUUGAAAAUUUCUUUCUCAAGGAUUUUCCCACAGCAAAUCCAGCUAUGGCAAGGAGCUGUUCCGCAUGUAAAGAGAAGAGACCUGCUCACAGUCUGUGUACGAACUGCAAUAAGUGGCUGUGCAGCUCAUGUACAGAGGAACACAGACAUGGCAAGGAAACUGGAGACCAUUUCCUGUCUGUCCCCGCAAAGGGCUCUUCAGGAACUGAAGGGGGAGCAAAUGAGUUUUCCUUGUUUUGUCCAAUCCACUGUCAAGAGAGCCUUAAACUGUUUUGUGAGACCUGUGAUGUCCUUACUUGCCGCAACUGCCUUCUGACCGAACACAAGGAACACAGGUUCAUGCAUCUUGAAGAGGCUUUGCAAAAUCAGAGGGUUAUCCUAGAAAAUGUAACAGCCAAAGUGGAAGAGAGAAAAACUGGGAUGCGGGUCUCAGCUAAACAGAUUGAAGACAGGUUAUUUGAAGUAAAACAUUUGCACAGAAAAGUGGAAAAUCAGAUCAAAAUGGCCAAGAUGGUUUUGAUGAAUGAAAUCAAUAAACGAACAAAUACCCUUCUAGAGCAACUUGAGAGAAUUACCAGCGAGAGGAAACAGAAGUUGGAGCAACAACUUCAAGGCAUCAUGGUUUUAAACAGGCAGUUUGAACACGUGCAGAACUUUAUCAACUGGGCAGUGUGCAGUAAAAACAGCAUUCCAUUCCUCUUCAGUAAGGAGCUGAUCGUGUUUCAGAUACAGCAUUUGCUGGAGACAAAUUGUACCACAGAAGUAGGCCCUCCUUGGAAGAUCAGAUUCACUUGGGACCCUUCUUUCUGGACUAAACAACUGUCCAAUUUAGGCAGCUUAACAAUGGAAGGUGGACACACUCCUCAUUCAGAUGUCCCAAGCUAUGGAAAUAUACAAGGAUUACAGACAUCAAUGUAUCAUGGACAACAUUCACCAGUGCCACAGCUUGACGCUAUCAAUAACCAGUCGCAUCACUUUCCACCUUCUGUUCAGUCUCCUACACCAGUGUGUUGCUCCCAUUGCUUCAACAUUCCUCACAUGAAUAAGGGUCAGCGUCCUCAGCACCAUGUGAGCCAUCAUCAGAAUUUUAGACAACCUCUUGAAAUGCAGCAGCAGCCGCCACCGCAUUUUCCACUUCAAUACAAUGUUCAGCAGCAUGAAAAAGAGCAGAGGGGCACACCUCAGCCUUUGAAAAUAAUGCAGCCUUGUCUAGAGCAGCCAUCCCAUUCAGAGCAGGAUAAUGUAUCUGGAAGGAUGGGAAAACAUUUGCAAGCUCAGCAGCCACAGCAAACUCCACAUCCAGUUUACACGGUUCCCCCACAAGAUAUUCAUCAGGUUCACUCCGGUCAUGUGCAACAAUCGCAUACACAGCCUGCUUUGCAAACUCCAACUGUGCAAGUGCAGCUUGGUCAUCUUCAGAAGCUGAAGCUUAACCACAUGCAGCAGCAGCAACCACAGCCACCGCCUCCCACACCAAGUCAGAAUGAAAAUGCUCAUGAACAAGUCAUACAACAGAGUUUGGACAUAAUGCACCACCAGUUUGAACUGGAAGAAAUGAAAAAGGAUUUGGAGCUUCUCCUUCAGGCUCAAGGGCAACCAAGCUUGCAGCUGAAUCAAGCCAAACAACCUCAGCAUGUUCAGCAAACCAUUGUUGGACAGAUAAACUACAUAGUGAGGCAACCAGCCCCAGUUCAGCAGCAAAUCCAAGACGAAGUGCAACAAGUUUGUGAGGAUUCUGCUGAACUAGAAAGUGAAAAGCCAGUGCUUCCUCUUGAUAGAAAUGUUGUUCCACCUCUGUCACAACCAUUAGCUGAAGAAACCACUGUCAGCAGUCCCUCCUCAGAGAGCACUUUGCAACACCCUUCUUUGAAUCCAGUGAGGAAGCGUUCGGCUUCACUGAACAUUGUGGGCUUUUCAAAUCCUUUAGAAAUGGAACCGUCUUCUACAAGAUUAUCUAGGUCGGUUGAUCCACAGAUGCAAGGUGUAUCUACUGUAACGCUUAACCAAUCUCAGAACAUGCUUCAUGCCUCUGAUGUUCAGCCAGAAUCUGUGCCUAGCUAUAGCUUGGCAUUAGACAGAGCUACAAAUGACCUGAACCCUUGGACAACUGAUAACCUAGCAAUGGGUGAUUUACUCCUGGGGAACACUAAGUGCAAGCUGGAAAAUGAAGAUUUUAGUACCAUGAAUGACCCUCUUGGAAAUGACUCAGCCACUGCUGGACUGAACACCAUUAAUGAAUUAGCUCUUUCUAUGCAAAAAAUGCUAGAAGAGCCUAUUAAUCUUUCAGUCAAGAAAUCGCAACAGUGUGCCUCUCCUUCUGCACCUAUCAGCGGUGCUGCUUGCCUGCAGUUGACCAGUGUAAAACAACUUAGAAAUGAAGAAGAGUCCAGUAAUUAUGAAAAGGAAAAUAUUGAGAUGGAUGUAAAAAGUAAUCAGAACAUCAGAGCUUGUACUAAAGAGCUGAAGAUCCCCUAUGUGCGAUUGGAACGGCUGAAAAUAUGUGCAUCAGAAUCUGGGGAGCUUCCAGUGUUCAAACUGCAGCCCCAGAAAGAUGACCAAGAUGAGACUUUCCUUCUGAUAAUUGAAUGUGGUACCCAGUCUUCAAGUAUGGCUAUAAAAGUCAAUCAAGAUAAUCCACCUGAAGGACCAAUUCCCACAUACGAAGAUAGGAAGUUCCCCAUCAGCCGCUCAGCCGGACAGGCACCAUCUGCUUUUGUAGAUAUCCCUCCUGUUGAUCACAAGCUUAGCAAUGGGAAUGGCAUCCCCAGCAUGAAAAAAUCUCUGCUCGCUCAGGAAGCCAAUCCAAUUGAGAAUGAGGAUUUCUGUGCCGUUUGUCUAAAUGGAGGAGAACUGUUGUGUUGUGAUCACUGCCCCAAAGUGUUCCAUCUCUCAUGCCAUGUUCCAGCUCUGCUCAGCUUUCCAGUGGGAGAAUGGGUCUGUACACUCUGCCGUAACCUGUUGAAGCCCGAGGUAGAGUACGACUGUGAAAACACACGCCACAGCCGUUGUAACAAAGGGGAUAGAGCACUGCAUGGCCUUGAUGACCUUGACCAGAAGAAAUGUGAAAAGUUGGUGCUUGCCCUGUUCUGCAGUAGCCUGAGCCUUCCAUUCCAUGAGCCUGUCAGUCCACUGGCUCGUCAUUAUUACCAGAUCAUCAAAAGGCCCAUGGACCUGUCAAUCAUGCGGAAAAAACUCCAAAAGAAGGACAAAUCACACUAUUCUGUACCAGAGGAGCUGGUAGCUGAUGUGCGUCUCAUGUUCUGGAACUGUGCAAAGUUCAAUUAUCCAGAUUCAGAGGUUGCAGAGGCUGGAAGAUGCCUGGAAAUGUUCUUUGAGGGCAAGCUGAAGGACAUUUAUCCAGACAAGCAUUUUCCUUUGAUGCAACAAGAAGACUCUGAUUCUGAAGAAGUGGAGAGGGAGAAUAGCCAAAUGGCCCCCAAAGGGUUCCCAUGGCCAUCCUAUGGACAGGAGUGCAUUCAGCCUAAAAGGAGGCGGCGCCAUGCUGAAAGUGAAAAAACUAAAAGAACGAUGUUUCAGCCAGCUAACAGCCUGCCUCAGGUGUGACCUGCCGGAGUGCUACUGGAUUUGCUAUGAGGAACCAAACACCUAGCAAAGUAACUGACAGAGUUAAGGUGUGUGGGAGGAAAACCAAGAAAACAUUUGGGUUGUUAAACUAAAACAUUUGUCAUCUGCUGACCACCAGCCUCACUCAAAGACUUGGGGAGAUGAUUAAGAGAUCUGAGCAUUUUUAAUCUACCCAGCACUCUGCCUAUCUAAUCGCUUGUAUGUUUGCAGCAUUUACACUGAAGUACUAAUGUUAUGGUGACAUAUAAUGAUUAAUCAUAAAAGUAGGAUGCUAAUAAUCUAUAAUACUUCUGUACAAUUUCAUAAUCUAUUUAAUACAAUCCUUCAUUUUAUAGAGCACAGCUAACCAUGUAAUCUUGCAUCUGCAAUGCAAAUGUUGACCAUGAUGUAUGUUAAAUAUGGAGGCUAGUCACCAAAGACCAAAUCCUGCAGUCUUAUUCAGCAAUUUCUUUGGGAACUCUGACUGAGUCAGGCCUGCAGGAUGUAAUUAUCUGGUUAGUUGUUUCUUUUGAAGUGGCAUAUUCUCAUGAAAUCACAAAACAGUACAUGCUGUUGUGAACUAUUUCUGAAUGCACAGUGGAUGCUCAGUUUGCAAAGAGUCACUGCACUUGUAUCUAACUCAAUGCUUUGUAUAGCAUCGGGGAUCCCUUGAGUAUCAAAGGCAGCAAAACCAAAUCCUGUUUUUGUCCUUUAAAGUGUGCAGUGGAGUUUGCCAUGUUAAUGACAAAGCAAUUAUAUGGUUAUAGAAGUGCCUAUAAAAUAAAGUGAUAUCUUGCUGA